UAAUGCGUUUCAAGUGUGUUUCCAAAUUUUAUGAUUCAAUUGUGUUGGAACCAAAUUUUGUGGAUCUCCAUUUAUCCAAUUAUUCUAAGGUCAAUCGUGGUGAUACCAAGUUGAUUGCAAUCCUAGACGAUGUUUCUUGCUCUGUAAAAGAGCAUGAUGAAGAUGAAAAUGCCACCAAGUUUUAUCAAAUUGAGAAUUUUAAUAAUUUUUAUGAUCACAUUAUCGGUUGUUGGGAUUAUUAUCUUCGUUUUGAGUAUGAUAAUGGUUUGUUUUGCAUAUGGAAUGCGAAGUAUAUUGCAAUUUGCAAUCCCGCUACGAGAGAAAAUAAUAGUUGGAGACGUUUUGAAGUCCAAGAAUUUCCUGAUCGGACUAGAAGCAUUUUUACUUAUAGUGAAAGUCUCUUCCCUUUGGAAAAUAUUGGCACUAUUCAUCACCAACCAUAAUUAUAACAAAAUUAGACCUCAAUUGUCAAGGGAAUGUGCGUCUAGAUGAUCAUU